AUGGCUUCUAACACUCCCGUUCCUGCUCAGAAAUCGAUCAGGCUCCCACCAGCUUCCAGGUCGAGAGACCUCAAACCAGUGCCCAUCUAUGAUGUGACCAAGUUCCCGGAUGAGAGAACCCAGAAGUUGCGGGAGCUCCUAAUUCAAGGCCAUAAUACGGUCGCACCGCUGCGUGACCCCGAGCUGAUUCUUCACAGCCACUUGCCCCAUCUCCUUGGAUCUGCGUAUGCACUAGGUGCCGGUAGCGACCAAUUGACCAGGACAUACGAACACGAAAUCACUCAGUUGGUCCCCAUCGCCCGAGGGUUCAUCCGAGGCCAGGCUGUGUCAAAGGAAAAUUGGAGAGAUUUCCUGGCUUGUAAAGAGUACACCAUGGCCUAUCAGGAUUUUUUUGAUAAAGAAAUCAAGGAGAAAGGGGGAAACUGGGGUAAGGUUCUUGAAGAAUAUCUCUACUCGGGGCCUUCACCGCUUGUGAAUGGCUUCACUGGAGGCUUAGGUCAUCCAUUUAUCCAUCUCGCCUAUGCAUAUGAGUUCCGCAGCAAGGAGGUGGCGGCUCAAGCCCUUAGCCAGGGCUGCACGGAGUAUAAUCCCAUGCAUAUUGUCCUUGACCGGGAACAUCCAGACAAGUCUACAUAUAAAACUCCGUCCCUGACGGAGAUAUUCGAGAAUGUGCGACAAGAUUCACGGUUAAACGACCUGUUUGUCGACCCUGGAAUCACCAACCUCGAUGUCCUUUGCCAGGAGCAGAAUCUUGCUGUUGUGCUCGAACACUGGAAUGCCUGGCAAGCUUCCCCCACCGAGCUGUUGGCCCACCUGGAAGAGUGUUGCGACCUAUCUGUUCUACUUGACCUGAGUAAUGGAAAUCCACGGGACUCUUUUGAUUUUUUCAAUGUCCACAUCAUGACUGUUGCUCAUGCUCUGCGAGUGUUGUGGCAUUACUUCCCGGAAGAUCGCCGCGUCUCAAUCUUGAAGCAGUAUUCUCUAUUUGGACUCAUGACUUAUAUCUGUCAGCUACGGCCUCGCUUCUUCCUCGACUGGAUCGAAGACGUUCAGUUGCAUGGUCGCAACUGGGACUGGGUCAUUGAAACCGCGUUAGCUCAUAAGUGGGCUUUGGAUGCCCACUUCUUCAAAGUCGUGCGCGCCCCAAAAGUCUUUCAGGAGACAUUUGGUCACAAGGAUGAUUUUUAUUUGAGAGCGGCGAUCAAAUAUGUAACUGAAUUUGAUGGCUGGGAGGGUUACGGCGAAGGAGUUGCGGGCUUUAUUCCAAACCGAGAUGGAUGGCGACCAGAGUAA